GUUUUUCUCUCUAUGUAAAAAAAAAUCAAUUUGUUUUAGCAAAUAAAUAUAUUAAAUAAUUUGAAUUUCAAUCCUAACACAAUAAUAAUUUAAAUUUCAAAAAUUGUGCAAACCAUGCCGGUUAGUAAACUGUGUCGAAUUUGUUUACAAGAAGAUAAAGGACGAUCGGGAAUGCAACCAUUGUUCGAUGAAAAAAAUGCACGCUGUGCUGAAAUAGUACAGCGCAUUGAAGAAUGCGGAGGAAUAGUGCUAAAACAUCAUGAAGAAUUUCCAAAAAUGAUUUGCCUGCAAUGUUUGGCGUCUUUGAACACUUCAUAUAAGUUUCGUACGUUGUGCCAGGCAAGUGAACAUGCUCUAUUGGAUGCUAUAGUUAAGUCUGAAUUGAAAACGGAACCUGUGGAUAAUGCUGCUGCUUCAUCGAGUAAUUCGAAACAAAAAGCUCUGGUCGAAGUGGAUGAAGAGGACGAAAUGUUUUUUGAUUUACGACCUGAUUACAUUGAGGGUCAGAUGGUCGAUUUCGAUGAUAUAAAUGACUCCAAAGCCGAGUUUAUUGAUGAUGAUGUUGGCGACGAUGAUGACAAUGAAUUUUUUGGCAUUGAAGAGAUCGAUUUGGAUGAAAUCGAUGGUGAAGAACAUUUGGAUGAUAGUGAUUCAGACGAUGAAGAGAAAAUAUUUGAUGGUGAAUUUGUUUCGAUACCUAAAAAGAUCAAAACAGACGCAAAAGCUAAGAAGGAGAAGUUGGAUGCAACAAAAACAGGUGAGGACAGCAAAGAAAAGGUCAAACGUGGUCGGGGUCGCAAGAAAAAUGAAGCAGAAUCUGAAACGAAUAUAUGCGAAAUUUGUGGCAAUAUCUAUUCAAAACGUAGUUUGUUAAAUAUGCACAUGAGACGUCAUAGAGCGGAAAAACCAUUUGAAUGCGAAAUUUGUGGCAAACACUUUACCUGCCCCUCAGAAAUAGGUAGACAUAUACGUAUUCAUACGGGCGAAAAACCUUAUGUGUGUCGUUUUUGUGGCCGCACAUUUGCUGAUCGCAGUACAAAUAUUAAACAUGAAAGAAUCCAUACAAAUGAACGACCUUUUGUUUGUCAAACCUGCGGUAAAUCCUUUACUUAUUCGAAUGUCUUAAAGAAUCAUAUGUUAACGCACACAGGAGAGAAACCAUUUCCUUGCAUUCCUUGUAAUAAAACAUUUUCCCGUAAACAUCAACUGGAUCAACAUCUGAGUACAAUAACCCAUCAACAAACAGUCAAAAAUUUAUUACCCCAACAAACUGUAGUCUCCGAUGAUUCGGUACAUGAAUUUACCGUACAACUAACAAGUGAUAAUCAUCCUCAUAUAAUACGUCAACAACAUUGAUAAGCAAUUUUACUUUAUUUUUUUUUUUAAUUUUUUGAUUUAAACUAAUUUCUUAAUUUUUAUAUAUUGUAUAUAAAUAUGCUAUAUACUACGUAUGUAUAAUUGAUAUCAAUCUAUGUAUAUACAAAAUCAAAAAUUGUCAUAGAAUGAUUGUUUAAGAUAAUGUUUAUGCUUUAACUGAUAUUUAAUUUUAUUUUUUUUAGAAUUAUGAUCUUUUUAUAGCAAUAAAAGAAAAUCAUAUAUAAUGUAUGAACUAAGUU